AUGGGGGUGCACCUGCUCCUCUACUGGACCGCCGCAGACGGCGCGGCGCGCAGGGAGGCCUACGAUGCCCUGUCAGACGCCAUCCUGUGCCUGGGUUCCUCAUCCUCCAGCCGCUGGACGGCACAGGCGGCGGCGCUGCGGCGUGUGCAGGCCGCUGCCGCCGACGACCUGCCGUCUGUGCGGGCCGCCGGCAGCGAGGUGUCCCUGCACAGAGUGUCGCUCAGCGACGAGCCCGACCAGCUGUUCCUGCUGUCCAGGGCUGCCAGGCAGGUGCUGCAGGCGGGCGCCGACAUGCAGGCCUUCCUGGACCGCCUGGCGCUGUUCAAGGCCCGCGGCUCGGUGCAGCUGGAGGGCGUGCAGCAUGCGGUGGGAGACUUCCGCAUCAGCCUGGCGCGCGCGGUGCAGGCGCCGCAGCAGAACUUCCUGGGCCUGGCGGUGGAUCUGUGCUACCAGCCGCUGGACGAUGCGGCACUGGCAGGGCCCAUGCUGCAGGACCUGGCGGAAGUGCUGCAGGAGGCGGCAGAGGCGGCGGGCGGCAAGCUGCGGCGGGUGGCAGAGGGCACGAGCGCCUUCCAGCUGCCGCCGGUGUUUGGGCCGCGGCAUCGCGCGGCGCAGCACGUGCAGCUCAUGGCGCAGCUGCAGGAGCAGGCGGGCUGA